UUAAUAAUUAGAGAAAAAGCAUAGACGACGUCGUUUUUUGUUUAUUUGAAAAAAAUUGAAAUACAUGAGAACCAAAUUGAAGGAAAUUGAAAACCCCCGCGGCCCUCUUCUUUCUUCCCCCAAUUCAUAAAACUGUGACUGAUGGAAAUCGAAACUUGAAAACCCUAGCCCCUUGUUGCCGCCACCGUCCCAAGCUCUUCAGUGCCACCGCCGUCCUAAACUCCGCGGCGCCGUCGCUUCUUCCUCUUCCCUGUUUUGCAAAACCUAAAAAACUCAGCACGUCGUCUUCAUCUUCGUCGGCUUCUCUGUUCGUGGUUUGGAGUAGCACGCCGUCCGGUUGCCGCUUGCCUUCAUCUCGCAUAUCGCCUUGUCUCGCCGGUUGCCAUCCGUCGAAGUGUUAACACUUGUCAUCAUAACAAGUUAUACUAUGUACAAAGUGGUGAUAUUGCCAAACUUCCACUACUUUGCCAUUAUCCUGUUAAGGAUAAUUUUUUCGCACAGGUAAAGACAACAGAAGUCGAGUAGUUGCUGCGGCACCGUUUAUAACAACUUCAUAUGGCUUCUCAAAAUGAAGGAACUAAGCACAGAGGCAUUGAGGUGGCAUGAUGAGUAGCGUUUGAAAGACGGUUGCAUAAGGCACCCUGCUGAUGGCCAAGCAUGGAAGAACUUGGACACUCGGUACCCAAACUUUUCAAAAGAACUUCGCAACUUGAGGCUUGGUUUGGCAAGUGAUGGUUUUAAUCCUUUUCGAACUAUGAACGUGUCACAUAGCACAUGGCCAGUUGUCUUAAUGGUGUACAAUUUCCCCCCUUGGAUGUCCAUGAAGUCAGAAUACUGCAUGCUCUCUUUACUCAUACCUGGACCUUGUUCACCAGGAAAUAAUAUUGAUAUUUUUUUGCAACCAUUGAUCGAAGAGCUGAAGGAGCUAUGGGUGUCAGGGGUAGAUACAUAUGAUUCUUUUAAGGGAGAAACUUUUCAAAUGCAUGCUGCACUUCUUUGGACAAUCAAUGAUUUUCCUGCGUAUGCGAUGUUGUCCGGUUGGAGUACAAAAGGGAAGCUAGCUUGCCCUUGUUGUAACCAUGAUACUUCUUUUUGUUACUUGAAACAUAGCCAAAAGACAGUUUACAUGGACCAUAGGAGAUUUUUGCCAGUUGAUCAUGCAUGGAGGUCUAACAAGAUAUCUUUUAAUGGAAAAACAGAAUUCAGGGGUCCACCACGAAUGUUAACAGGUGAAGAGGUUCUAGAUAAGCUAAAGUCAGUAGAUAAUGCCCUUGGGAAGACGCAAAGCAAAAGUAAUGGCCAAUGGAAAAAAAGAUCAAUAUUUUUUGAGAUACCAUAUUGGCAGCAUUGUAUGCUCAGGCACAACCUUGAUGUAAUGCAUAUCGAAAAAAACAUAGUCGACAGUAUAAUUGGUACCUUAUUGGAUAUUCUUGGAAAGACAAAGGAUCAUGCAAAGGCUCGUUAUGAUCUUAAGGAGAUGGGCAUUCGAAAGAAUCUUCACCCAAUAAAUACAAAGGAUGGAAAAAGAACUAAACUUUCUAAAGCAUGCUUCUCCAUGACCAAAGGCGAGAAAUCCAUUUUUUGCGGUGUCUUGAAGAAAACAAAAUUGCCUGAUGGAAGUGUUUCAAACAUUUCUCGUUGUGUACAACAAGAAGAGAGAAAGCUUUACGGUUACAAGACUCAUGAUGCUCACUUCAUGUUGCAUUACCUGUUGCAAAUACCAAUCAAGAGCAUUCUUCCAGAUCAUGUUGCUGUUCCUCUAGUUCGCUUGUGUUCCUUUUUUCGUCAGCUAUGUCAAAAGGAAAUCUCUUUAGAAGAGAUUAAUGGUUUAGAGUCAGAGAUUGUAGGGACUUUGUGCCAGUUGGAGAGGAUUUUUCCCCCUACCUUUUUUGAUAUAAUGGUUCAUUUGCCUAUUCAUUUAGCUAAUGAAUUAAGGUUAGGUGGUCCCGUCCAGUUCCGAUGGAUGUAUCCGAUUGAGAGAUACAUGUGCAUACUAAAAGGGUAUGUACGUAAUAGAAGUCGUCCAGAAGGAUCAAUUGCGGAGGGUUAUUUGACUGAAGAGUGUUUAACUUUUUGUUCAAGAUAUUUGCACGAGGGAGUGAAAACAAGAUUCAAUAGAGUAUCUCGGAAUAAUGAUGAAGGCACUUCAACCAAAGAGCCUGAUUCAAACUUGUUCACAAACAAGGGAAGUCCAUUGGGUGGAAAAAAAGGGCAACUAAUUAUUUUGGACGAGAAGUCACUCCUUCAAGCUAAUGCAUAUGUAUUGAACAAUUGCAUUAACGUGGAGCCUUACAUGAGAGAACAUGGUGAGCAACAAAAGCAAGACAAGCGGAAGCGAAAGUGGAACGUUGUUAAAGAUCAGAAUGAAGACUUUAUAGACUGGUUUACAGGACGUGCCAUGAAGGAUGAUGUUCCCAGUUGGAUACAACAGUUGUCUAAGGGUCCAAAUAAAGUUGCAAAAUCAUUUUCUGCUUAUGUCGUCAAUGGGUACAGAUUUCAUACUAAGCGGUGAGAAGUGAUGCGAAAAACACAAAACAGUGGUGUCACUGUGGUAGCUGAAACUACAAGCUUUGCAAGUGUUAAGGACAAAAAACCAAUCAAGGCCAAUAUAAGAUAUUAUGGUAGAAUCAUGGAUAUUAUCGAGUUAGACUAUUAUAGCCAAUUUAAAGUUGUGUUAUUCAAGUGUGGGUGGUUUAUUGCUAAGGAAGAUGAUAUGGUCUGACAUACGUUCAUUUCAACAAAAGAUGUUACCAAGACGAACCAUUUGUGUUGGCAAGUCAAGCACACCAGUGCUUUUGUGUGAAAGAUCCAUAUAUUCCCCAAAAGCAUUAUGUGAUGAAAACGGUUCCAAGAGACUUGUUUAACAUUGGGGUCCAAUUACAGUUUGACCCUAACAUAAGAGAGCCACAUGAAUCGGCGAAUAGUCCGAUACCCUUGAGUGAUAUUGGCGAGGUAGACUUGGUUAGACAGGGCGUACGACCCACAAUUGUUGAUGUGACACCGAACAAGAUCAAACCUAACCACAAAGAAAUAGAGUCUGAUGAUUUUGACAGUGAAGCUGAAAUUGAGGUUGUACAAAAAUUGUCUAUGAUGCUUUAUUUGUUCAUGAUGCUUUAUAUGUGGUUGCCAUAUGAUUUAUUUGUACAAAAAUUGAUAUGACAGUAGUGGUCCAUUGCCCUCUUAAAAUAUGUGGCUGCCAUAUAAUUUAUUUCUCCAUCAAGCUUUAUUUGUUCAUGCUUUAUUUGUUCAUGAAAUCUCAAUGUUUGUUUACUUUAUUAUGUGGCUGCCGUAUGAUAAUGCAUAUGCCCAUUUCUUUAUUAGUUUGGAUGCUUUAUUUUUCUCUCUUCAUGCAAUUUAAUUAUGUU